AUGCCAGACAACCCAGAUCAAAAGAAACCAGUAAUCAUCGUAGGGGCAGGGCCCUCGGGCCUCCUCCUCGCCCUCCUGCUGUCACAGCGCGGCAUCCCUGUGCAGAUCCUCGAGGCCGAGGCGCACCUCGACGACCAGCCCCGGGCGGCCCACUACGGCUCGGCGGCACUGCCGGACCUCGACCGCGCGGGCGUCCUGGCCGAGGUCAAGAAGCGCGGCAUCAUCAUCAACGACUUUGCCUUCCGCUAUGCGGUGCCGGCGGGGUCGCCCGAGGACAAGGACGGGAGCGGGUUUGCUCACAUCGCGACGCUGGACACGUCGUGCGUCAAGGACGUCGACGGCUUCGACUACCGCUCCCACUGCCUCGUCCUGCAGGAUCUGGACGCCUUGAUGCUCGAGAUGCUGAUCGAUCGCAUCGGGGAUGAUGUGGUCAGCUGGCGGCAUCGGGUCGUCGAUGUAGGGCAGGAUGAGGAGCGCAAGGUCGCCUGGGUCGACGUGGUCACGCCCGAGGGGAGGAAGCGAGUCGAAGGCGAGUACGUCGUGGGUUGUGAUGGUGCUUCCAGCCAAGUCCGGAGGAGUCUGUUCGGGCAGGACUACCCGGGUUUUACGUGGGAGAAGCAGAUUGUGGCGACAAACACCUACUAUGACUUUACCAAAUUUGGUUGGGGAGAUGUCAACAUGAUUAUCCACCCGGAUAACUUUUUUGCAAGUCGCCCCCCACAGAAUCAUAAGAGACCGGGCUAUUCGCUUUCUAAUGAGGAGAUGGCUGCCAAAAUGGACUCAGACGGACUCUACCGUGUUACAUAUGGCGAAAAGUCCGGGUUGACGAAGGAACAAAUGCGGGCACGCCAAGCGGCCAGGUUUGAAGAGAUAUUACCCGGACACCCCAAACCGAGCGAGUACACAGUGGUGAAUUUCUCACCCUAUAAAAUGCAUCAGCGCUGCGCUCCAUCAUUUCGAGUUGGUCGCAUCCUCCUAGCCGCCGAUGCGGCGCACCUAUGUAAUCCAUGGGGAGGUAUGGGCAUCACCGGCGGCUUUGUCGACGUCGGUGGUUUGGCCGACUGUUUCAUAGGCAUAGAGGAGGGACUUGCCGACGAGUCGAUCCUCGACUUGUACAGCGAGAAGCGGAUGGAGAAGUGGAAGACGGUCAUCGAUCCGAUAUCACAAGGCAACUUUCGCCGCAUUGGGUACACGGAGGAUCCAUCCUCGGCCGCCCAGACGGACGAGUUCAUGUUGCUGUUGAAAAAGGCAGAGACGGAUCUUGAGCUCGCAAAGAAUCUUGCUAUGGGCAGCUUGGGUCUGAGAUAUGACUUUACGCAGCAUUACAAGCAAAAAGAUUCUGCCACAAAUGCGAGCUAA